AGUAGAGCUCAGCAAAACGAUUCUGACACUUCUCCGCCACACUGCUCACCUCUUUUUUCUCCCAAUCGACUCGACGUCUCCGAGUUUCUUCUGGGUUGCCCUUGUCCUCACACAUCUGAAGCCUGGUCGGCAACCUCACCACGAGCCGACCUCCCAAUCCUCCCCCUUUUUCCUGUCCCUGGGAACUGUACUUGCUACAACGUUCACGCGUGGCACGAAUCCCAAACUUUCCUUCACCAACCAAGCCUACCACAAUGCUGUCAAGGACAAUCCUCCGCAGCUCCUCGCGGGCGCUGCGAGUCGCCUCGGUAACCCCGCGUACCACAGGGUCGGCCUUUCUGCACACCACCCGGCCCUUUAACCAGCCUCCCAAGGGCGGCUCCCCCGUGCCGGGAGGCUUCGCCCGGACCGACGACAACAUCACAGUCGAGUACCCAGAGGAGGGCGAGCUGCCCUCGUCCACGCCCGUCCAAGGCCGCGGCGGCCUGCACAUGAAGCGCACCCUUGCCUCAUUCUCGCUCGAGGGCAAGGUCGGCGUCGUCACCGGCGGUGCCCGCGGCCUGGGUCUCGUCAUGGGCCAGGGCAUGGUCAUCAGCGGUGCCAACCUGGCCAUCGUCGACAUGAACAAGGAAGAAGCAGAGAAGCAAGCCGCCGAGCUCAUCGAGGUCUUCCGGCGCGAGAACCCCGGCGCCGCCCGCGUGCCAAAGGUCACCGCGCACUACGCCGACGUCUCGGACGAGAGCUCCGUGCGCAGCUGCCUCGACGACGUCAUCAGGGAGCACGGCAAGAUCGACAACCUCGUCACCAGCGCCGGCUUCACCGAGAACUUCCAGGCCAUCGACUACCCCAUCGACCGUAUGCGCAAGCUCUGGAGCGUCAACGUCGACGGCACCUACCUCUUCGCAACCAUGAUCGCCAAGCACCUCAUGGAGCGCAAGGCCCAGGGCAGCAUGGUCUUCAUCGGCAGCAUGUCGGGCGCCAUUGUCAAUGUGCCCCAGCCUCAGACCCCUUACAACGCCGCCAAGGCUGCCGUACGGCACAUGGCUGCCUCUCUGGCCGUCGAGUGGGCGCACGCGGGCAUCCGCGUCAACUGCAUCUCGCCUGGCUACAUGCUCACAGCUCUUACCGAAAAGAUCCUCGACGACAACCCGGAGCUCAAACGCCAGUGGACCUCGCUCAUCCCCCAGGGCAAGAUGGGCGUCCCCGUCGACCUCAUGGGCCCCGUCGCCUUCCUCCUGUCCGACGCCUCUUCGUACGUCACUGGUGCGGACCUCCGCGUCGACGGCGGCUACACUGUCACGUAAAAGGAGAUUCUCUCCAUUGGCUGUGCGUUGUCCAGAGAGACUCUGGGAUAGCUGGGAAAGCGGAUAGAGAAAAGUGGAGAAAGAGGGAGAGCGA